AUCUUCAGGCAUCAACUCGACAAACCUACGAACCUCGAAUCGAACUACCCCAGCCCACGACCUACGCGGAGACCGAGUACAUACCUACCCACAACCUGAGAGCUUACGCCACACAGAAGUUGGAGAUGUUGAGGCGUGGAGGCAGCCACCGUGAACACAUUUCCUCCGAGUGACAGGACGGCGUGUGGGAGCCUUGAGGGCUUGUACGACCGGGCAAGCAUCCUUUUUCGAACCUGGCACGAUGGAGAAUAUUGAUCUCACGGUUAAUCGACGCACCGAGCCCGCCCAAUCUUCCAUCGCCUGCUGCUGUGGUCGCGCCGAUUGCGCCCUGCUCAGGAAGAACUGCACAAUCCUCGAAACUGUCGAAAAAGAUGUCCACACUGCAGCACAGCUGGGCCAGGCUCUUUUGGCCCGGCAUGAGGCCUACAUGGCUGAUGCGGAGCGUGAUCGAAUCAGUUCCUUGACGCGGAUCGAAAAGUUGGAGCAUGACAAGCACGAGUUGGAAACUCAAAACGCCAAUAAGAUCGAGGAGAAUCGACAGUUGCUGGACCAGCUCGAACAACUGAAUAACACUGUCUCCGAGAGCGACACGAAGAUACGGAGCCUCGAGGCGAGCCUUUCAUCAUCACAGCAAGCCGUUCGCCGACUCGAGGCUGCUGCUGCCCGCGCUGAAGACGCUGAACGACAUUUGGCGGCACUGGAGGAAGAGCAGAAUCAGCUGCACCAUGAGCUACGUCUGACCAAGGAGGAUGCGCGCUCGCAUGCGCAACGGUGCAAGGAAGCCCAGCGGGGUAUACUUGACAUGCAGGACCAGCUCGAGCACAUGGAGAAGGAGGCCAGGAAGGAGCGCGAACGCCACGUUGAGGUCAUGGAUCGUAUGGAACGCCAACGCGAGGUGGAGAAGCAGCUGGACACGGCGGCUGGCCGGCUCAAGGGAGCGGCUGCAACGAAAACCAUGGGGAACGAGAAGAAUGGAAGCAAUGUGGUAAACCACUUUGUGAGGGAUCUGCUUCAGGACAAUGCGAACCUGCAGCUUGGUAUUGCCGAGCUGCGGGAGAUGUUGCUGAACUCAAACGACGAGAUCCAGUCGCUCAGAGAACAGCUCAUGCACCACCAGCCGGUGGAUGAAGAGGCUGUAAGCGUGCCCCCGAACCUCAAAGAGGAGCUGGAGCCGCAUCAACGGGCAGGCACGAGACUGUCGCAGGAGCUACACAUACAUCAUCAUUAUCACGUACAGAAGCAGGAGGCCAAGAAGCCGAGAAAGAAGCGGCAAGGCUUGACACCGGGCGUGCUACAACCUCCGACUAUAUCGCCCGCAGCAGCAAUACUCUCAUCACCAGCAGCUGCUGCUAGCCUGUCACAGCCCGACAGGCACCCACCGACGCAUGCGGGUGCUUGGACACCACUGUCCAACCCACCGUCCGAGUUUGCGUCUUCCGUGCCAAGCUCGCCUCGAUCAAACAGGGUCAGUUCCCUAUUUGACACAAACACUUUCGACACCGGACUGCCCAUGUCCCCGAUUACGAGUCUCGAUCCGACAUCCCCGACCUGGCGUGCACACCACAAGCGACCCUCUGCUGCAUCAUAUCAGAGCUUCCAAAGUUUCCAGACAAUACCCCACAUGGACCUGUCCGAUGCCAGUGGCACACCGUGUCACCAACGAGGCUAUUUUGACAACACCAUACAUGAGGAAGACGAGGAUGCUCCGCCGAUCGACGAGGACAGUCCCGGCCUCACGCACCCCGAAGCCUCCACUGAGGACUCCAUGGAAGGCUCUGCUGCCGAGGACUCUGAGUUCUCGAGCGACUAUCUGCCGCCCCCUCGCCUACGCCGGGCGACAUCACACGAGUCCAUCAUGUCAUUAUCGGGAGGCCUCGACAUUCACACCCUCAAGGCUCGCCCUAGCCAGAUGACGUUGAGGCCCAUCGGGGGUCUGGAGGCAGUUGUCACCGGCGUGACCGCCCAGCCGACAUUGUCGCGCGCGACGGCGAAACGCAGCGACGCCGCGUUGCGGGAUCACUUUGCUGGGAAGCAGAGCUACCGCUCCGUCUCGUCUCCGAUGAGCGCAGCACCGUCUCGUAGCUCGUCGCCCGCAUCGCAGAAAGGCAUCACGGGCGGCCUGGGUAAAUUAGUAGGCUGGCGACCCUGGGGUGCCAACAGCUCCAACAAUCCCGACAGUGCUCAUAACACGCCUACCAAGGCUGUGGACGUCCUGACGCCAACGACGGAAAAUAAAGCUGAAAAGGCGUGGAGUCGAACACCAGGCAUCAACCAGCCUGGGUCUAUACCUGGCUUCCAGCAAUACUGGGCCUCACAGCGUCGCAAGGGCGCUCCGGCGAAGGUUACGGCCGAAGUGAUCAACCACGACGUACUCAGCGAGAGCUUGCGGGAGUAACACUUGCUUAUCUGUCCAACACUCAUUCUUCUUUCCUUACUGUUUGGGGGUUGCAUUGACAGGUACGGCGGCACUGGUCUUGGGCGUUUGUUUAAUGGUGGAACACGGAGAAACAACAUUUUGCAU